CGAAAAAGCAAAGCGAAUUCGGGGGCUUGUAUCUUAAAAAUGCAUGUAAACAAUUUAGUAAACGUUUGUUUCUAUUAUUAAACCAAGUCAUGUCUAACAAAAAGAACCCCCUGUUCGAUGUGAAUCUCUAUGAUUUGCUGGGAAUCUCCCUGGAAGCGGAUGUCACUGAAAUACGUAAGGCUUAUCGCAAACAAGCCCUGAGUUGUCAUCCGGACAAGAAUCCCGAUGACAUCAAAGCGGUCGAACGUUUCCAUGAGCUCUCCAAGGCUUUGGAGAUCCUUACUGACGCCAGUGCCCGUGCAGCCUAUGAUAAGGUUCUCAAGGCCAAAAAGGCUGCCGAACUGAGGACUAAACAAUUGGACAGCAAGAGACAGAAAUUAAAAGCCGACUUGGAGGAACGCGAAAGGGCGGCUGGUGUUAAUUCAUAUACCAACAGAAAAUCGGAUGAGGAAGUAUUGCAAGAACAAAUUCUACGCUUAAGAAACGAAGGUUCAAGGUUGCUGGAGGAAGAGCAACAGGCUAUGAGAGAACACCUAAAACGCAACUAUGUCGAACCUCAGUUAGUGCCUUCAAAACCAGAAUUUGACUCGACACAGCAUCGCAUUAAAAUUAAAUGGAAAAGCAAUCAGGCGACGGACUACACUCAGGAACAAUUGCUACAGUAUCUCAAGAAAUAUGGUGAAGUUGUGGGUCUAGUAGUAAAUAGCAAAAAACCUGGACGUGCCAUGGUGGAGUUAAAGACACGCGAGGCCUGUGAUAUGGUAUUGGCCUACGAAAAGGGUAAUCCUGCAAAUCCGCUGCACUUUGAGUGGGUAAAACCACCUUCAUCUGAUAAAGUGGAGGAGCAGCAGCACAACGUUUCAGCUUCGGCCAGGGAUUACGAAAAUUUGGUCAUGCGGAAAUUGCGCCAGGCUGAGGAGCGCAAACGACUUAUUGAACAAAUGAAGAAAGAUGAUGAAUGAAUAAAUUUUAAUUAUAGAUAAUUUAAA